UCAUAAAUGCAGCCAGUCGAAACUUGUGAGGACUCUGGGAUACAAAAUGGCGGCCUGCUGAAAAAUAUUUCUGUGUCGGUAAAGAAAAACCGUUGUUAAUUUCCCUCCAUUUUAGUUGAUGUUCGACUGUUUUCCGACCGACUAUCUAUUACGUAGAUAACACAGAAACACAAGGAACCCAGGGUGUUCGUUAUGAUGCAUUCUAAAAUAGACUCUAACUUAGAGUCUAACCACAUCAACAUCUUGGAAAAGAAACAACCCAAGAAAAAGCCGAAGAAGGACAAAAACUCCAGAUGUUCCUCUCCCGUCAAUGGACAGCUCCACGAAGAGAUGCUGUCGCCGAACUGGUCGGUUCUACCUCCAGACAUCUUCUUCAUCAUAUUCUCCUACCUGUCUCCGUCUGACCGUGCAAGUAUCAGAGUCGUGUGCAAGACUUUCCUGAGGAUGAUUGACCACCCCUCUGUGUGGAGACACAAGGUGGUGUAUCUGUGCUAUAUAAGUAAGUUCGAACAAACCGGAAUGUGGACGCUCCUGCAGAGCCGCAAGAUAGAGAGCGUGAUGGUACCGAGGACGUCAGACAACGACUGCAAGAAACUGCGGGAGAACCUUCCCCACUUGAAGGGUCUGCAGAUCAUCCAGUGGGUGCGGUAUAACCAGCUGCGGCUGCUGAAGACGCUGUCGGAGCUGCGUCAGCUCCGUCUGGGGGACUGUACCAAGUUCACGGACAAGGAGCUGAUGAUGGGCGUGACGAACUUCCAGCACCUCACCGUUCUGGAACUCAGCAACAUCAACAUGCUGAGGGACAAUGCCUUCAAGCAGCUGGUCAGGCUCAGGAGCCUGGAGGAGCUGACGGUACGCAGAUGUCUACGCGCCUCGUCCAUGUUCGCUAUCUCGGGGAUGGGACUCCAGUACGUGCUGUUUAGACUGCCCAAGUUGAGAUGUCUGACGCUGUACGCCGUCGGGCUGUCCAGCGAUGAGCUCUCGCUGUCUUUCACCCCUCCAAAGGGCAGUGCGCAGUCCUCCCAGCCCCGGCCCCGGCCGGGCUAUUAUCCAUCUAAAAAGAAUGCCCCCUUCCCAGACAUUCCUGAGGAGGAGGCUCCCAGUGUGCAGAAGCUGCAGCUCCAGUCCCUGACCCUCACACACUCCCUCAGCUGGCCCAUGACGGAGGAGGCACUCUCACAGCUCGACACGGUGGAAACUCUGUGCCUCAACUCCUGUUACCUGUUCCGCAGGCGAGAUCUCCCAGUGGAGGACGUUACUUCUAUAUUCCGCAAGCUGAUUAACGUCAAGUCUUUAGACCUAGCCUCCACCAACUGUAAGAACACGUGUCUGGAGCACAUGCCCAGCGGGCUGGAGUCGCUGGACCUGCGCGACUGCUACAGCGUGUCGGGGAUCGGGCUGCAGUCGCUGUCGGACCGCGCCGGCCCCAACAUGAAGCACCUGGGGCUGGCGCUGUGCAACCGGGUCUCCAACCACCCCCUGUCCAUGCUGCACACCAUUUCAACAGCACACGCUGCCAAAGUCCCACCACAAACUAAACAUAACUGA